CUUUACUCAUACUUCAAGUAAAAACACAAAUUUCAGAAUGGCAUCCGAAAGUGGAAAACCGACAAAAAGUAAUGAAAAAAGUAAAAAACUUAGUCAAGAUCAAAUUCUUGGAAUUUUUAACAAGUUAAGACAAGAUCAAAAGAAUUAUGUGACAAAAUUGACAGAAGUUGAGCAAGAUUUAAAUGAACACAGUUUAGUGGUUGAAGCCCUGAAAGGAGUGGAUCCUGAUCGAGUAUGCUAUCGUAUGAUUGGUGGCGUCUUGGUUCAAAGGACAGUGAAGGAAGUGCUGCCAGCUGUAACUCAUAAUAAAGAACAACUAACAAAGAUACUGGAAACAUUAAAUAAACAAAUAGAGGAAAAGGGGAAAGAAAUCAAUGAAUUUAAAGAGAAGCACAACAUUCAAUUUAGGAAAGAACCUGUACCAGUUAUGCCACCUUCUGAAGGUCCCAGCAAAGAUGAACCUCAACCUUCGUCUAGUGUUCUGGUGAAAACAGAGUCUUAGUACAAUGUGUCAUCUGUUAGUUGAGCUGUACUUUUUUUUUUUUUUUUUCCCUGCUCUCCAGUUUUUUGAAAUAUUUGUGACAUUUUAAAUAAGCUAUCUACUGGUAAAAAUUUAGUUUUAUGAAAAAAAUUAUUUGCAUGUAUUCAUAAGAUCAUACCUGUGAUAAAACUCAUGGGAACUGAUGCAUCCAUGCCAUGAUUGAAUCACAAAAUAAAAAUUUUUCAUCAUUUAUAAUUGUUAAAUAUUAGUUUAUAUAAACUGAAAAUUUAUGAUAUAAUUUAAAUGGAAAAAAAUUAAUGAUGGUACUUAAUUUGUUGUUUGAGCAUAUAUUCAGUUGCAUAAGCAGUAAUCUGUUCUUUUUCAAAAAAUAUUAAUUUUAUGUUAUACUAAGUUUUUCAAAUUUGUUUGGAGGAUCUUUUAUUGUGAGUGCUAGUUAAAGUUUUAUGUCAUAUUAUUCUUUAAGAUCACCAAAAAUUUUUGCUGUCUUUAUAUUUUUUUUCUUGUGUGUGCUUAAAAAUUUUUUUAUGCAUUAUUGAUGAACAAAAGUAUUCUUAUUAUAUUAAGUUUCCUGUUUGAUUCUCUAUAAUAAUUGUAAUAAUAAAUUCAUUUAAAAACCACAGUAACAUUCAAUAUUUGAACUCUUUGAAUAAUAAAAAUUUAUUUAUAUAUUUAGAUUCCUUAUUCUUCAUAUCCUUCAAAGUUAAAAAUUUCACUACUGCAUUUUAUAGUAAUUAUUUUUCAUCAAGUUUCAAAAUAAUACUAUAUCACAUUUUUUUAUUAUUUUUUAAAGAAUUCUUAUCUGUUUAUUGAUUAUCUGUAUACACUUUGCAGAAUCAAAAAUUUUUUUAUUAAUUUUUAUUCAUGUUAUGUCAUACAUGCAGUUUCUUUUCAUUGUGUAUGAAUUUCCUUUUUUUAAAAAAAUAUUCUGUGGUGUCACUUAAUAAAAUAUUGCUUAAGAUUGUACUGUCAGCUAAUCUUGGCUGUGAUGUUCAGUCGUGUGCAUUCUGAAGUUUUGGUGGAAUCAAUAAAAUUGAAAUGUUUGUU